UCGGCUUUCGAAAAAUUAGUUUUAUUUUGUAUUUCUUAAGUUUUUGAAAAUUAUUGUAAAUAAAAGUGAAUUCGAUAGAUACAUAUACAUCUAUUUUAGUUCAAAACAUGAUAUGUAUAUGGUUCAGUCAUCACAAAUUGUUCAUAGCACGUGUCUCAUAACGUGUACAUUUCUUAUUGAAUUUAAUAAAACGUAUGAAUGUUUAAAUUAUAUAUCACCAUGGAAACCUCUGGACAAAAUAAUGAACAAUCGAAGUCUUUCACCUUUUUUGGUGAACCAAUAAUUAAAACACGUUGUCAAAGAAAUGCUAUGAUAUCUGCUAUUUCUGGUGGCAUAAUUUGUGGUUUAAUAACAUUUUUGUUUACAAGUAAUCCAAGAUUCUCUACAAGAAUGGGAGUAGUUAGUUAUGGUGUAAUAGGAAUUACUGGUGCAUGUUAUUGUGCAUAUGAUGAAAUAAAAUUAAAGAGCGAGGCAAGAGAAUUUAGGAAAGCUAUGUACAAUACAAAUAUGAAGCUUAGAAAUAAUGAUAGAAAUGAACAUAUAUCAAACUCCAAACUUGAAAGUAUUUGAAAUUGUAAUUUACACAUGUAUAAAUAUAUGUAGCUAUAUAUGUUUCCUUAAAUGUGAAUGACGUGUAAAUAUUAUGUAUAGCGCAAUCAAUACAUGUUUGUAAUUUACGCUUAUAUAUUAACUUGCAAUAUAUGAAUAAUAUAACAUUAUAAUGGCAAUAAAAUGUCAUUAUUUUUUGAAUGGAACAUAGGCAGUUUUGAACAGAACAUAAAUAGCAAGUGCUCAUCAAAUGCUUCAAAAGCAUUAUAAUUGAACAAAAAUUAAGAAUCUAUAAUAAAGAUAUUUCCUUAUAGCUUA